UACAAUGAUGUGCAUGUGAACUUCACUCGAGAAGAGUGGGCUUUGCUGGAUCUUUCCCAGAGGAAUCUCUACAAAGAUGUGAUGCUGGAGACCUACAGGAACCUCACUGCUAUAGGCUAUAAUUGGAAAAGUCAUAAUAUAGAAGAGCAUUGUCAAAGUUCUAGAAGACAUGCAAGACAUAAAAGAACCCACACUGGAGAGAAACCUUAUGAAUGUAACCAAUGUAGUAAAGGCUUUGCACAUAACAACUAG